UUAUUUUACGAGAUACUAGUCCGACAUAUAAUUUACUUAUUUAAAAAUCAAAAGAAACAAAAACACUAAAAAUGGCAGCUCCAAACAUUCACAAACUUGAGACGGAGGAUCACGUCGCCGGAGCUCUCGCCGACUAUAUCACGGAUCUAUCUUCUAAAUUCAUCUCCGCCAAUGGUUCCUUCUCCGUUGUCCUCUCCGGCGGCUCUUUAAUUGAUACUCUCAGGAAGGUAGUUGAGGAACCGUACGUAAGUAAGAUAGAUUGGUCGAAAUGGUUGAUAUUUUUUCUGGAUGAACGUGUUGUGCCGCUUGAUCAUCCUGAUUCUAAUUAUAAGCUGGCUUUUGAUGGAUUCCUUAGAAAGGUGCCAAUACCCGAAUCUAACGUCUAUCCUAUUAAAGAAAGACUGUCACCUGAGGAAGCAGCAGAUGAAUAUGAGCAGAGGCUUAAACAUUUGGUUGCAAACAAGACACUAAAAGCAUCACCAAUUACAGGGUGUGCUAAAUUUGAUUUGAUGUUAGUCGGAAUGGGUCCAGACGGGCAUGUUGCAUCCCUCUUCUGCUGGCACUUUCAACGGUUUGAGAAGAAAAAAUGGGUGACUUUCAUCACCGAUUCUCCGAAACCACCACCUAAUAGAAUCACUUUCACCUUCCCUUUAAUCAAUUCAGCUUCUGAGAUUGCAAUGGUGGUGACUGGAGAAGAUGCGGCUGAUGCAAUUAAGGUGGCAUUAGGAGAACAUGCUUCUUAUGGUUACCCGUUGCCUGUGCAGAAGGUUUCACCUGAAGGAGGGCUUACAUGGUUUUUGGACAAGGAAGCUACUUUAAAGCUCAAGUAAAAUAACAGGAACAUAGUACAUCUUUUCGAUAUCAAUAAGGUAUGAUUGAGCUAUUUGAUCAUCCACAACCUUUGUUGUUGUUUGCUUUAGUAUGUGUAAUAUUGAUCAAGAUUUGCGUUAUGAAGUCAAAGCUUGUAGCCUUGUAAGCUUCCUUAUGUUUCAAAUAAGUGAGAGUUUAUUUGGGUUAGAUUUCGGAGUUAUCAUCCGCAUUUUAACUUACUGUCAUGAUUUUAUGUCCAGAAAAUGACAAGUUACAUAUUAAUAUUUAUUAGGAGUAUCUGUUUUUAUUGGUUUA